CGCCUCCAAGCCUACCCCUCGACCCUCUCUGCAUCUAACACGCUUCUCGCCGCCCCGCUGCCGCCGUGGUUGCAGAACCCUGUAGGGAAGAGAAAAGAGGAGUAUGACGUGUUUAGGGAGAUGCUACAUAGAGCGCUAAACCAUGUCCGCGUGAACGAGUACAAGCCCGGCGAGGGGAUUAUACCGUAUGAGGAUAGCGGCGCUUGUGCGCCCUUGGAGGGUCCGGGAAGACAAAAGCGUUAA